AUGGAAACUUUUAUUUGUCGCAACGGAGAAGAUUCCACCGGCGACGGCGAGAAAGCCGUCGUCUCCGGCGAGAAAGCCGUCGUCUCCGGAGCAAGCGUCGUUUUGGACUCAGAGAACGGCGUCGAGGCCGAAUCGAGAAAGCUCCCGUCGUCGAGAUUCAAAGGCGUCGUGCCACAGCCGAACGGAAGAUGGGGAGCUCAGAUUUACGAGAAACACCAGCGCGUGUGGCUCGGCACUUUCAACGAGGAAGACGAGGCGGCGCGUGCUUACGACGUCGCUGCUCACCGUUUCCGCGGCCGCGACGCCGUCGCUAAUUUCACGGCGGAAAGCGACGGAGACGAGGUCGAUUUCUUAAACGCGCAUUCGAAAUCCGAGAUCGUAGACAUGUUGAGGAAACACACUUACAAGGAGGAGCUAGAGCAGAGGAAACGGAACCGUUAUAACGUCGACGAAAACAGAGACGAGACGGCGUCUGUAACGGCGGUGACGGGGUUUAAAACGGCGGAGUUUCUGUUUGAGAAAGCGGUAACGCCGAGUGACGUCGGGAAACUGAACCGUCUAGUGAUACCGAAACACCAAGCGGAGAAACAUUUCCCGUUACCGUUAUCUUGUAACGACUCCGUGAAAGGGACGCUGUUGAGUUUCGAGGACGGUAACGGGAAAGUGUGGAGGUUCCGUUACUCGUAUUGGAACAGUAGUCAAAGCUACGUGUUGACUAAAGGUUGGAGCAGGUUCGUUAAAGAGAAGCGACUCUGUGCCGGUGAUUUGAUCAGUUUUAAAAGAUCCAACGGCCAGGAUCAGCAGUUGUAUAUCGGGUGGAAAUCGAAAUCCGGGUCGGAUCAGGAUACGGGCCGGGUCGUCGUGAGAUUGUUCGGAGUUGACAUUUCGUCUGUAAACGUAAACGACGUCGCGGUGAAGGAAGAAAGUGAGAUGUUGUCGUUGAGGUGUAAUAAGAAGCAACGCAUCUCCGAUGCUUUGUAA